AUUUUAGAAAUUUUCGUCCCACCAUUUCAGAAGUCGAAGCUUCAGUCAUCUCUGAUCCGCGGCGCUCUUUUUGAUUCUGCUCUGAAGAAAACGAAGGCUGAGGAGAACAAUGGCGUACGCAUCAAUGAAGCCAACGAAGCCGGGUUUGGAAGAGACCCAAGAGCUCGAACAUAGGAUUCGUAUUACUCUCUCUUCAAAGAAUGUCAAGAAUCUUGAGAAAGUAUGUGCUGACUUGGUACGUGGUGCCAAGGACAAAAGGCUUAGGGUCAAAGGACCAGUGAGAAUGCCGACUAAGGUUCUUAAUAUCACUACUAGGAAAUCCCCCUGUGGUGAAGGUACGAAUACCUGGGACCGAUUUGAACUUAGAGUACACAAGCGAGUGAUUGAUCUUUUUAGUUCCCCAGAGGUUGUGAAGCAGAUAACUUCCAUCACCAUAGAACCUGGUGUUGAGGUUGAAGUUACCAUAGCCGAUUCU